GGCUACCGGCGGAUUGCUGCGGUUGGUGCUGUAAACGGGAAUCGUGACGGGGGCUUUCUCAUGUCUCCAUCGAGCUGGUGUGCUGCACCUAGAUUGAGGAGAUGUGGGCACGGAAUGCGGUGUGCAACGAGCAUCGGCAUCCUCGUUGCGAUAUAAAUAGGUCGUCACAAGGUGGUCAUGGGGGCCGGGGCGUCGAGCGCGGUGCUUCGCGAGGAGAAGCAGCGUCCUGUGGACGCAUCCGACAUUCAAGAUGGCGACUGGGUGUCUGCGAAGCAAGAGAUCGUGCGGCUACGACUGCUCUUGGCGCAACUGGACCCACAGCCGGACAGUUCGUCGCCAACAAACAAGGCGUCGCGAGGGGUCCCCAUGCACCGGUCCAUGUCGGCUACAGAUCCAGAUUCUCCGAAAGGACGUCGCCACGAUUCAGCAGCUGCCGGUGAAAGCGCCGAAGGACGGGCGCUGUGGUCCCAAGGUACGGAGAACAAAGGACCAAGCCGCCUCGUCCACGCACACUCGACUCCUGCGACGAUUGAAUGCGAGGACGAUGUGCGGUCCAUGGGCCGAGUGAACUCGGCCCGCGCAUCGCCAGCCACGAAUCCGCAUCACCGGCGUCCGUCAAUAACCGAUGCGUCGACAGAUCCCGACUCAAAGUCUUCCGACGAAAGCGCCGAAGGACGAGCUGUGUGGAGUCAGUCCACUACUGGGUCCACUACUUUCGACGAUGGUGCGAUCGUGUACGAGAAGAGCCGCGCGGCGCAAGACCUCCUGGACGCGAUUCGGACCAAGCUCUUCGCUCGCUACGAUUCCCUGCGCGCUUCGUUUCUCAAGAUGGACGUUGACAGGUCGGGAUACAUCAGCGAGGACGAAUUCCGAACAUGUAUGGCCAAUAUGGGCCUGCACAUGACGGAUGAUGAAGCGGAAUUGCUCCAGCAAUCGUAUCCCCACAAAGAAGCUGCCGGCGAGAUCGACCGUGGCAUGGGGUAUCUGGAGUUCGUGAACGUUAUGACAGACCAGCUCCAGUACAUUCCAGGGUCGGGUGAGGACGAAGAGAGCGGCAACUACUUCCGCCUGACGACGGCUGGGACGGCGUAUCGACCCCACGGCCUGAACGAAGACGACCGCCCGAUCCGACAACACUCGUCGCCCAUGGCCAAUGCCGACGUGAUAUGGAUGCAGAAGAAGAUUCACCGACAAGUGUUUGGGCUCUUCACGAGCAUGAAAGACGCCUUCAAAGCUGCAGAUAGGGACGGGUCCGGGUACAUAGAGCUGCCGGAAUUCGUGCGGCUCGUCCAGGAUACGCUCGACAUGGCCGACAUCGACAAUGGGCAAGCGAGAGAACUCCUCCACAAAUUCGACACGAACGGCGACGGGAAACUCGCGUACUCGGAGUUUGUCAAGUGCUUGCACGUGCCUCAUUGAUAGGCGCAACGUGCGUGUUCAUGCAAACCGGGACUCGGUGUGGAGAAGGUCCUUGCGACGCUCCACUCGCCGUCGUGCGCAAAGCCUUACCAAUCUUCGUGAGAAGUCACAAAUGCUGCUUUAAGACAUCAAAACAAUGAAACAUAGAAAAUCAAUAAAGAAUAUCUGAAA